AUGGCGCCGAGCUCUAUGGCCAACAGCCUAACAAGGCUACAGCAAUUUCAAAGCAAGCCCCGAAUCUUUAUCCUCUCAGACGUAUCCAACGAGCCCGACGAUGCCGAGUCGCUUGUCCGAUAUUUUACCUACGCGAACCAAUUCAUCACUGAAGGUAUUGUACCGGUAACUUCAGUGUGGUUACAAGACAGGACAUGCCCAGAGGAAAUGCAUAGAAUUGUGGAUGGAUAUGCGGCUGCGGUGGAUAACUUGAACGCUCAUGUUCAUCCAUCGCACACAUAUCCUUCAGCGGACCAUAUAAGAAGUCUGAUAAGGCCAGGGGCUCCUAUGUACGGCAUGGAGGCAGUAGGCGACGAUGUCCCACUAAGCGAAGGCGGAAAGCUCCUCAAAGCACGAAUAGAGGCAUCGAAAGACCUCUCUGAACCGCUAUGGGUUUUGGCUUGGGGUGGUACAAAUGUACUGGCGCAAGCCCUGUACAAGGUUCGACAAGAGUACGACGCGACGACAAUGGCCACACUAGUUUCUAGGAUACGCGUUUACGCCAUCUCCGAUCAAGACGAUUCUUCGGCGUGGAUUCGAACACAGUUUUCCGACCUAUUCUACAUAUCUUCCAUCCAUGCAUGGAACCAAUACGGUCUAGCAACCUGGGCCGGUAUCUCUGGUGAAAACCAUUAUGGAUUCGACGAGGGCGGCCCAGACUCUACCAAGAUCAGCAAGACGUGGGUUAAGGACAACAUACAGAUUGGUCCUUUGGGCUCAACUUAUCCGGAUCCAGAGUUUGUCUUUGAGGGCGAUACACCAACCUUCCUCUAUCUGAUACAAAACGGACUUGGCUCUCGAGAAAACCCAAACUUCGGAUCGUGGGGCGGACGAUAUGCGAAGACAGAUCCGAGCAACCGCAUCAAUCACUACGGUGAUGUUGCGGAUAGAGUUAAGGGCCUUGAUGGCAAGAUGUAUAAAUCUAACCAAGCGACGAUUUGGCGCUGGAGAGACGCAUUUCAGAACGAUUUCGCUGCCAGGAUUCAAUGGUCCAUGACUAAGGGUUUUUCCAAGGCAAACCACCAUCCUGUUGUAGCUAUUGGCGAAGACUUCAGCCCCGAACCGGUCCAAGUAGAAGUUCAAGCUGGCCAAUCUAUUGUUCUCGAUGCUUCACGAUCUUAUGAUCCCGAUGGAGAUGAGUUAACAUUUCGAUGGUUUCAAUACAAGGAGCCAAGUAUCGACGUGUGGAGUGCACACAAGUAUGCUGCAAAGGCUGAGAUCAAGAAUCUCAACGAGCAACACACAAAGAUUGAGAUCUCGAUUCCCUCGGCGGAUGUUUCGUGUGUUGAGUUCAAGACGCGUCGGCCCCUUGAUAAAGAGCAGGUGAUACAUGUGAUAUUGGAGGUUAGGGAUAACGGUAUACCACAACUCGUCACGUAUCGUCGGGUUCUUAUACAAGCUGUGAGGCAGAUAUAA